AUGGGAAAUGAUAAUACAACUGUUUCCCGUGUCGCAAUUGGAUGUUUUAACACUUUGAAACCCAACUAUUUCCUUUUCCCUUUGAUCUCUACGAUCCACGUCUCCUUUUGCUUCUCUCGUCUCUCCUCAAGAGGAACCAUGAUUAAGUUAUUCAAAGUAAAGGAGAAGCAAAGGGAACUCGCUGAAAAUGCCAAUGGAAAGGGUCAUGUGAAAAAGCAAACUGCUGGAGAGCUACGUCUUCAUAAAGACAUUAGUGAGCUAAAUCUACCUAAGACAUGUACUAUCUCUUUCCCUAAUGGCAAGGAUGACCUGAUGAACUUUGAAAUCACUAUUCGACCAGAUGAUGGAUAUUACUUAGGGGGUGAAUUUCUAUUUUCAUUCCAAGUUUCCCCUAUCUAUCCGCAUGAACCCCCAAAAGUCAAGUGCAAAACCAAGGUCUAUCAUCCUAAUAUUGACUUGGAGGGGAAUGUCUGCCUCAAUAUACUCCGUGAAGAUUGGAAACCUGUCCUUAACAUUAACACUGUUAUCUAUGGAUUGUAUUACCUUUUCACCGAGCCAAAUUACGAGGAUCCUCUCAAUCACGAUGCAGCUGCAGUGCUGAGAGACAAUCCAAAGACGUUUCAGUUAAAUUUUUACCACGUUAAACAAGAAUCGGUAUGGUCUAAGAUUUGCCUCCAGUUUUACAUUCGUGGAUUCAUAAAAUUUGUUUCUUCUUUGCUGGCUAUUCUAGUAUUCUUUGGUCUUGCUCAAAAUUCCAAUACAGCGAUUGCAGCAUAA